AUGCAUGAUACCGGUUCUGCAAGGCACUGCAAGCACACAACAAUUCAACGACGCGGUACUCGUACACGCUCGCAACUGCAAGUCUCAGUUCAAUCACAAUCCACACGCUUCUACUGUAAAAAAUCACAUUUUGAAAUUUUCUGAUGAUUUUUCUGUCUCAUCAAUAAUCAAAUACGGUCGUCCAAUUCUAAAACUGUCGAAACUAAUAAAAACUGACUUUACCUGGAUUGCAGUGUAAUAAUGGAUCCAGUUUUAUGCGUGGAAUUCGGUGCAUUCUUCAUUAAAGCCGCGGUUAUAUCCAGCAGUGGAUUCCACAGAAUCACAGACAGCAGCGGAUCGGUUGACAUCCCAGCGUUUAUUCAUUAUGAGAAUAAGAGCGAAGCGAGCCAACCUCCAAAUAUUUGGGUAACGUUUGGAACGGAUGCGUUGAACAAGUACAUGGACAAUCCAAAAGGUGGAUUAAUGUUCCCCAAGAUAUUUUUAGGAAAAUAUGUUCAGGAAUGCCAAACCAUCAAAUCCGAAUUGCAUCUUGCCGGAUGGAAAUUCACCACAGGAACCAGCGAUGUGCUGCGUGUUGUACGCGAUAUGUUAACGGAAAUUAAAUACCUGACGGAAAUACAGACACGAAGGAAGAUCACAACAUUGUACUUGAUGUUGUCAUCGCAGCCAAAUUUGAUCGUGGAUAAAAUGUUUGUCCGUGCGGCGGAGAUGGCGCAUUUUCUCAACGUUCGAGUUAUUCCAUUAGCGGCGACUUUGCCUCUGCUUAUCGAGAAAGUUUUUGACCUGAAGACUGAUCUCGUCAUCGUGCAUUUAGAAGCCACUGCGAUCGAAGUUUCGGCUGUGCGUUUCGAUGGAAAGCAUCCUGUUAUCGUGUCCAAAAACAUUAUACCUAUCGGAGUUGUGGCUUUCUUAAGGGUUGUGUUGAAGUGGUGUUUGGAAAAAUUGGGAAAUCACCAAAACGAACAGAGUCUUAUUGAACGCAUACGAUGGCACUGCGUACAAAUCGUGAAAACGUUUUUAUACACGGAAGAAACAAGCUAUCUUCUUCAUAUUGGCAAGCAGUUUAUAAGAAGCUGCUCUUUGAACAAAAGUGCUAAGGAUUUCAGCUUGCGAAUUGAGCGACAGGGAAUCCGUGAUCUGUGGCGCAAAGCGUAUGCUAAACAUUUCGAGUACCUUAGUGAUAUACUUUUGGAAUACAGUAUGACCACCAAAAAAGUCAUAUUUAAUCCGGGGGCCCUUGCACAGCUUCUGCCUAAUCUGAAGGUAUCCAAAGCAUUUGAGACAGUCCACCACUGUGAAUGGUACUUCGAGAAACUGUGCCAAUGCGUUGGCUCACCAGAAAUUGGUUCGCCUAGCAAGUCUUUUGGGGAGGACGAAGUGGAAUACAUCGUUCCCGUUGCAGUCGACGAAGCUGACGACCUCACACCAAAUUGGACUUUCGCGGUCAUUACGGAAUCAGAUUUAUUCGAAUCAGCGAAGAUUCCAAGCGGAAGAAGUGUUAUCACAUUUGAACACAUAUGCUCGGUACAACUAGAGAUUCCAAACCGAACCGGACAUAUUUCCCGUCUGCAAUUUUUGACGCCGAAUUUUAUCUGCGCACAAAAUACAACGGAAAGCGGAGUGUGCACUGCCUGCGACGUUUACGCUGUGAGUGAGUCUCUGCAACUAGAGAAAGUAUGGUCCAUUUCUGUCACGGAAAGUGACGGUGUUCUACUUUGUCUGCCGAAUCUUCCCGAGAAUUUGUACCUUCUCGCCAAGAGCGAUGGAUUUUGCAUCAAAAGUACGGACGGCACGCAAAUGACUUGUAUUGUCCGCAGAGGUCAAUUUGCUACAUGGUUCCAGUGGAUUGCCGGUGGCUAUUUAGCGUACGCACGAGAGGACGAAAUAACACUCCUUAACAUCACCCAAGACUGCGAUGCAUCGGUGUUGCAGCUGCAGUAUCCUCGUUCUCAAAGGUCACUUCUGUGGCUAUAUGUAACAGCUGAUAGGAAGAGCGACAAUGAUGUUGCUAUGAUGUUUCGGGAUCUUCUGAAAAAAACUGAGCUGGUAACCGAUGUAGAGGAUAUUUUAUUGUCUACUCUGGUGAACAACACAGUUGAGUCUGAUCUGGUAACGAUCAACAAGACAGUUGCAGCCAACGAAUACAUAAUCACCCGAUAUUCGUGGAUGACGGCAGAUGAUGUCCAGGAUCGGACGGUGUGGGUUGAUGUGUUUACGUUAGAAGACGAGGACGAACCCCUUGCUUUACAUAGCCUUUCCAUGUACGAGCUCCUUGUUGUGAUAACGCGCCGCUCAGUCUUUCUCUUUACUGCAUCUAACGGCAGACUUCUUCACACAUCAAGAGUCAGUAACAGCGUCUUGGAGCGAUACCAAAAGAGCGGAAUUUCCGGCAACGGAGCCCAUCAAACAUUGUUAAUUGCGGAUACCAGUGCACAGAUUUACGCUUUGCGCAUCGCUGUCGACGAGCUUUCUCAAUGCGCACUGGAAAUGGACGAAUCUUAUUACACACUGAAAAUCAGCAUGGCUUUCCGGUUACCCAUCUCUUUCAGCCUGCUCCUGCAAGCGCUACCCGAGGUGGCGGAUGCGCAAGAUUUCAACCUCCUGUCCACAGCCAUGGACAUCGUUCCAGAGUCCAGUAUGGAUGUCAUUCAAGCGCUGCUACAAUACUACCCCAAAAUUGUGGACUGGGAACGAGUUCUCCAACCGCCACUGAUGCGGCACGUUGAUUGUGCUGCGCUAUUGGAUACGCUGGCUGAAUUUAAAUGCGCUGCCGGUGUUAAAAUCGUGAUUUCGUUUCUUUGCGCCAGCGACAUUCAUGCGAAGUCUCUGGAUGAGAUGCUGCAGAGGUGCUUAACGUUGGCUGGUUCAUUUAACCUGGCUGAAAUUAUGUAUAAAAUCGUCCAGAAAAUGUGCACGAUCAACCCUAAACUCAUUGAUCUCCGAUUUCUGGAUAAUUUGCCAGCUGAUCAUGCGUUGUUUGUGGAGUGCCAAUCUCGAGAGGUCCUGUAUGGCAGCCUGGUUCAAGCUUUGCUAGAGCACAACGAAGACGAUCAUCUUAUUUCCGUGAUAAAUCAAAGUGACUAUGUCGUCAUCCUCCUUCGUGCGCUGCUUGGCGCAGCGGUGGACCGUGAAUUAGAACUGCUGCGACAAAUCACGCCGCGGACGAAUGAGAAGCUGAAUAUGUACAUUGCGGAAUUACUGCUUAGCACGGAAAGAUGGGCAAUGUUGAUCGAGUGGCUGCACAAAAUUCAAGUGAACCAAACAAUCGAUCCCGACUUCCAUACGCCAGUGGCUGUUAGCCUCGUGAAUUCUGAAAAUGGACGAUUCUACUUCGCACAAUUCUCGAAGCAUUUUCCUGAUUUCUCCUUGGAAGAAGUGAUCGGCGCAGUGAUCUGCCAAACAGUGCCAGUGCCAAGUGACCUUUGGCGUGCCAUAAUUCAAAACUGCCUUGACCGAAACCUUUUGGAAAAGGUCGUCAGCGUAAUAAACCGGUUUCCAGCGGCAGCUACCAGCUUUGCCGAGCAACUACUGCAAAAGUUGCCGGAGUAUUCCGAAGAAAGCAUUCCGUGGCCGAUUAUCGUGGAAUACUUUGACGCGUUUCCCCACGGACCCCUCCGCAAACGUGCCCUAAUGUAUUUGGAAAGAAAAGCGCCGGAUGCCUUAGCUUUCGCCCACAGCAAACGUGGAUCGUAUGCUGAUUUUCAAAGGCUCUGGAGACAAUCGGAUCGUGAUACAGGAAAAGGCAUCUGCAAUAUUUGCUUCGACGCCGCCUGCGAUUGCGCCUUUAUUCCCUGUGGACAUGUCACGUGUUUACAUAACCGGACUGCAACGUUGUCUCGACUCCUUCGACUCGUUCACCGGUGUCGCCUCUUCACCCGGCAUCCGGGUACUUUCAUUACCACUGCGACCCCCACUCUGAUCCGGCAGUUGUGGAGCACCCGCACUUGGCGGCGCCAAUUGGAACCACGGACGAACCCCCGUCGGACCGGUGCGGUGUGGCGCCGGUGCCACCAGUGCCGUUGAGGUCGUCGCCCUGCCGGUGAACGCUCCCGGCGGGCCAGCAUCUUCGGCCAGGAAAUGGCUGUAUCCGAACCUUUGCGAACCAGCGCCGGUGACGCUAUCGGGUGUGAGUCGCUGUUGAUCCAGUUUAUUUGACUCGGAUAUCGUGUUACACUACUCCGCAUACUGGCCGCUCGCUGACUGGUUGAGUUGCUCUGCUUUACCAAAUCCACCGGAACCGUUGGCAAACGGCGUACUGGGUUCUUGGGGCGGGCCGCCGGCAUCGGCAACCGCGGCGGAACCGGAGUCAGACCACGGGCGCGACCCAAAUGUGGUAACUGGGUCAAGUUUCUCAUUUGAAGGUUUUUUGUGAGCGAUGCUUUAACAAAUAUUGCAAAGUCACACCGAUCUUACCCCGAAGGAUAGGUCUACAAAAAAAAAACCUUUUCGGAUGAAUGCGUAACUCGUAUGCGCUCGUUUCCCGCUGUCAGGUCGUCCCCUAUUUGGGCAUUAUUGUUUACUGUUGUUUAUCUUUUUGUGACUUCUUCUCUAGGCCACUAUCGGUGUUAGUCAAGCUCCUUAAAGUGAACAGCUCAUAUCCGAGGGAUUCAAUCCAGCUGAGCGACUUAUUCUGAUACGGGAAAGUUCCUGGGAACGAUCAUCCCUUGUGGGUCUUAGGACCGUUGAGUGAUACCGGCUUCGGGAAAUGGCCUAAAUGGAGCGCAAAAGAAGGGCCCAGUAAUUGCCCAGUACCCCAUAAUGUUCCAGCCGAAACUCACAAGAUACGAGUCAAUGAGCGCUCUACUCAACUAGCAGGCGAGUCUUUCGGAUUGCGCGACAAAUCCACUGCGUAUCCUCGAUCGCAUCUGCGGUUACGAGGAAUGACUUGGAGAUAUUACGGAUAUGUGCAAAGAUUCCUAACAACAUACUCCAGGGAUCUCUUACCACAUGAUUAUUUUUGCAUCAAGAUUUACAAGAUCUUUACAGCUACGAGUUCUAAUUCAUUACAGAGUAACAUGAUAUGUAUGUAUGAUGAUUCCUCCCGGGAUACUCUUCUCUCAUUUUUUAAAUUAUCUGCAUUCCCCCUGUUUUUAUUUCGGUGUAAUUAUAAUAUUG